CACUUUUCCACCCUUUCUAUUAGGUUCAUGUUUCACGAGAUGGAGGACAAGGCUUUGCAUCAGCUACAACAAGAACAGUCCAAGCUUCUGGAUAAGAUCGAUGAGCUGCGCACCAUCGGCGUCGGCGGCCUCGUGGAACUGCCUCAGCUAAUUGUUUGCGGCAACCAGUCAAGCGGGAAAAGUUCCGUCCUCGAAGCCAUCUCUCGUGUGCGGUUCCCCGCAAAAAGUAAUGUCUGUACGCGAUUUGCGACAGAGGUGGUCCUGCGACGGAGUCCAUCGUCAAAAAUUAAGGUGUCCAUCGAGCCCGGUCCUUCUCGCACGGACGAGCAGGAGCGACGGCGACUCCGUAGUUUUGCCUAUGAGGACUUCUCUAAUGGCAAUGACCUGCCUCCCCUGAUCGAGAAGGUCAAAGAGCACUUGGGAAUCACGGAGUCGGUUAACGCAGGCUUCAGUGAUGACGUGCUCAAGGUCGAGAUUUCAGGGCCGGACAAACCGGAGCUGACUCUGGUUGAUCUGCCCGGCUUGUAUUACUCUACCAGUCAGGAGCAGGACUUGCAGGGUAUCCUGAUAGUUCGCAAGCUGACAGAGAAAUACAUGAAGAAUCCAAGAAGCAUUAUUCUUGCUGUGAUCAGCGCAAAGACGGACUACCAUCUUCAGGAGGUUCUGAACAUUGCGGAACGAUUUGAUCCAAAGCGCGAGCGCACGCUUGGAAUCAUUACUCAACCGGAUAUUCUGGAGGCGAAUUCGGAAGAGGAAGACACUUAUCUGCACUUUAUCAAGAAUGAAAAGAUUCAUCUAGAGCUGGGGUGGCAUGUCUUGCGCAAUCGGUCGUUUGAGACCAGGGAUACCUCAGACGGCGCCCGCGACGAGAUGGAGGCGGCGUUCUUCAACCAGGGACGAUGGGCGUCGCUCUCACGGGAAUGUGUCGGCAUCGAGAGCCUACGCCGCCGCCUCAGCAGUAUAUUGCUCAAGCUCAUCCGUCGGAAUCUUCCGGGGCUGAUCACGGAGAUCCAAGACAAGGUGUCUGAUCGACAGCAGCGACUUUCGAAGCUGGGGCCUCCUCGAUCUACUCUUCAGCAACAGAGGGGCUACCUACUCGGCAUUAGCAGUAACUUUGAGGGCAUCACUAUGCAAGCUUUGAAUGGCAUGUAUGCGGAUGACUUUUUCGGUGGGUUGGAUGAUACAAGCAGUACCGAAGACUUCCGGCGACUUAGGGCUGUCAUUCGGCAGCUGAAUGAAUACUUCGCGGACGUAAUGGCCAUUCGAGGCUGCCGGAGGAAGAUUGGCGACCGUCGCCUCCUUUUCAGCAAAAAUGGCCUCGAGGUUGCUGCUGGGAAUCCUUACACGGACGUCUGGGAACCAGAAUAUGUACAGCGCAGUUCUCUCGAAGCAGAGGUCGGCAAGCAAGCACGCAACAACAGGGGCAUUGAGCUGCCAGGGAAUGCAAACCAACUCCUUGUAGGAAGCCUCUUUCGCGACCAGUCCAACCCAUGGGAAGGUCUUGCGAAAGAACACUUAAUGAGGGCUUGGGAGUCGGCGAGGUAUUUUACAUGGCUCGUUCUACAACACACUACGGACGACCAUACCUACUCCUUGCUAAUUGGCUCAAUCAUCGACCCUGAAUUGGAAAAGCUGAAGCAAUCUUUGCUUGAAAAGCUUGACGAGCUGACCGCAUACACGAAGCGAGGUCACCCAUUGCCUGUGGGCAAAAGCUUUCUCUCUCAGAUUCAAAAGGCCAGAAGCAACCGUCAGCUAGAGUCACUAAGAUCUAAGCUUCUAUUCGCUGGAUCCGAAGAAAACGGGAGAAAGUUAUAUACGAUGAAAGACAUCGAGCAAGCCACAUCGGCGAUGGAGACCUCUCGCGAUGAAUUUGCAGCCGCCGAGAUCAUCGACCAGAUGCAAGCGUAUUAUGAGACUGCUAUUGUGACUUUUGUCGACAAUGUCGCAAUUCUAGGCAUCGAAAAUUGUCUUCUUGACCCUCUGCAACGUAUAUUUACCAGCCAGGUCGUCAAUAACAUGGACGAUGACCAGGUCCGAGAAUUGUCCAUGGAACCGCCUUAUAUACAUGAAGAACGACAACGGUUAGCCAAGGAGCUCGACAAGUUGCAAGCUGGCCUACAGGCUCUCAGAAUCUUCAACCCCCAGAAGCCAUCAUUGAGCAGUCUACCCUCAUUCGGAAAAAAGCCGGCUUCAGGACUAUCAGACGGUCUCAACCCGUCCGAAAAAAGCCCUCCAGGACCAACAAUGCCGUCAUCCAAUGGAAGCCCCUUCGUUGGGAAGGAGUGGACCGAGUUCUUUCCAUCUCCUGGGCCUGCGAGGAAUGACAGAAAAUAUACAAAACCCAAAUCCCUUAAACCUCCCACUGUACUUGAGUCGGCUCGGACUUCACCCGCGCCUUUCGUGAACCUAUUCGGUACAGCUAUCCCUGAAUAUAAAGCUGAUCCUGUGGUCUUUGGUGCGGGCCAAUCUGAACACAAGCGUAUUUGCACGGAUGUCGGUACUAACCUGCUCGAACAAAAGAAUGAUUCUGGGGCCUCCGGCACUAGCUUAUCAGAACACAAGUCUGUUUCUGGGGGACAUCGUACGAAGGUAUAUCCGAUCACCGGCGGCAAACCUAUAAUAGUGAGUAUGCCAAAGACAAUGGAUCAGGACCGGUAGCAAUUGAGAUUUUUUCAUGUUAUGCGAGAACUCUUGUACUUAUGAAAAUAUUUAAGAUUCCUG